GUUCUAAAGAUAUGGAAGCAGACUCCCGAGUUAUUUAUAUUGCUAACAUUGUUAGUGCUAUCUUUGGCACUAACAAGUUUGAAGAGCAUAUAGUGACUGCCCCUGAGGUAUCAGAGUUCCUUAAUGACUUGAAUUCCACCUCAUUAGAGGUCGUCACCAAUGGAUCGAAGGUAAAAUUCAUCCUAGACGGAUUUAACAAUAUUGAAGAUGGGUUCCAGGAUGUACACUUUUUAAAGAGACAGCUUGAAGAGAUUACUCCAAGCGAUAUUUCAAACCAAUUAUUGGUAUCUACGAUGAGACACUCCCCUACUGAAUCUUUGUAUCAGUACAUGAAGGCAGUGUAUGAGCCACUUCUUGUAGGGGAAUCUAGUGAGAUUGAAAAGGUGAGCCCACAAAUGAAGAGCUUGGUGAGCUCACUUAAGGCUGGACUGGCUACCACCCUCAGAAAAGGUGUCAGCAGAAGAUCUGGAGAUGAUGUAGAAAACUUAGAAGGAAUCCUGUCACCUAUUGACGAGAUAGAAUUCUGGGCAGAGAUAGAAAGAAUGAAUGUUCAAACUAACGCUCAGGAGAAAAUUAGGCAGAAGGGUGAGAAUUUGAACUCUCAUUUCAAAGACCUAGCUAAAUACUUCUAUGACCUUGAUUCCAUGAAGCUAGUCAAAGUUAAUGACUUGCUUGAUACACUUGAGGAUACAAUUGAUGAUAUCUGGGUGAGUCAGGAAAUCGAACCCCAUUACGGUGAACCAAGAAUGAAGCAUUUCUUAAAGAUUUGUACGGCUAGUAUUGGAGCUAAGAUAGAGAAGGAGCUUACUGACCUGGACGUCUGGACUAGCCCAUUCUCUGAUGUUAGAAUGAAGAUUAUUGAAUGCAUGAAUAUCUGCAAGUCUUGGAGAGAGAAAAUGAGCUCUAAGACAGGAAAUAUUUGGAAACAAGAGGCAAAUAGAUGGACUGGACCUGCCUACUAUGAUCCUUACCUUGAAAGAUUGAUUGAAAGAUUAGGCGAGGUUCAAAAAUUGAGAACCCAACACGAUGAGUUGAUGAGACUAUUAUCUCCAGAGGAGCAAAAGGGGCUUGACGUUAUGUCAGUCUUUGAGCCAUUCAGAUCCAUCAACUGUUUCUAUCAUAAUGAGUACCAAAGUCAAAUUUGGAGCAGAGCUGUUUCAAAGUAUGAAGAUAAUCUGGCGCCAAAGGAAAGAGAACUUUGUGAAAAAUUAAGAAAAGAGAUCUUCGCUGAGAAAUGCGAACCAACCCAGAGACUUAGAGAGUUCCAGAGAUGGAAAGGUCUUCUCAGUCUUGGAAGGAUUAAACAAGAAUUGAAAGGAGAAAGAGUCAGUUUGCUCAUUGAACUGAUUUCAUACAUUCAAAACCUUUCUGCAGAUUUUGAAUCUAAGGCAGAUCACAGAAGUGGGGACAAGCCACCACUAGUAAACAACAUGUCAAGAGUAGUGAAUGAUAUUAUUUGGGCAAGACAGCUGAUGUCCUCCAAGGUUACUUCUAUUCAAAAAGUCGCUGAAGGAAUUUUCUCAGAUUUGGAUGAAGUCGAAGAUUUUAAGAACUCCUGCAGAGACCUUGUUACUGACAUUAGAGAAUUUGAGAAGAGGACUUUCAACAAAUGGAUCCUUGAUAUCCAAAAUUUGUUAAAGAACAAGAGAGAAUCCUUAGAGCUCACUGGAAGAAUCAUGCAGAUCGACUAUACAACAGGUCUUUUAAAAGUCCAAUACAAUGAAAAGAAGAUUGUCACUCUGAUCAAAGACGUUAGACAAUUGACUGAGCUAGGCUUCAAAAUUCCUAAGCAGCUCAAUGAUAUCAUUGAGAACGCGAGAAAGUUCUACAGAGAAGGAGUUACUCUGAGACAAGUUGCCAAUUUCUUUAAUAACAUGAGCUCACAGAUUAUGGAAUGCCACUCUACAAUGCUUCUGAGGCAUACCAUUGCUUUUGAAAAGAUUAUUAAGAAUAAAUCUAAAGACAAGAACAAUGCCUUUGGAGGUGGAGACAAAGAUGUCACCUGGACUAACCCAGUGGAGCUUGAGGAGUACAUUCAAGAGGUUCAAGAUGCUUCAAAUGUCUUGAUGAAAGAGAAUAGAAGACUUAGAAAGAUGCAUUUGAACGUAAUCGAUCUUAUUCUUAAUAUGAUGAACACUGAUUUGCUAAAGAAUAAAGAACUCUGGAAGGAGAAACUAGACUCUAUUAAGAGAAUCUUGGAUUCUAAUAGUUACAGUCCCAAAGAGUCUAAAAUAUGGAGAAUUCAUUUAGAUUAUCAACUCUACAAAGCUUUGGAGACACAAUAUCAGACUGGAUUGAAGAACUUGAAUGAGAACUUCAACAUGAUUGAAGCUGAUCUAGUUUACAGAGAUAAGACUGUGACGUUUAACCCCCCAAUGGAGAAGCUAAAAUCUAUGUACUACAAGGAAAUUUCAAAUUUCAUCACCAUUCCUAUCAGGUUUGCAGGAUUGGGCGGGAAACCAUCAAUUUUCAAAGUGAUUCCCAACAAAAACUCAGAUAGUCUGCUGUCAGUGUAUGCUAAAGCAAAUGAGGUCUUUGGAAGGCUGGAGAAUAUGGUAAACACUUUCAUUCCCUGGACAGCUCUUGGCUACUUUGACUUGGAGCAGUACAUCGAACAAAAUUUCAAGGAUGUUAAAGACUGGGAAAACAAUUUCAAAAUGCUCAGAGUAAAGAGGAAACAACUAGAGAAGCUGAAUGAGCACUACAAAAUUGAUAGCUUCUUCAACAUUAGAACUGAGCCAUUCAAGAAGGGUAUCGAGGACUUAUUCCAAAGAACUCAUGACACUCUGAAGACUACACUCAAGUCAGCAAUCAGGACAGACAUGGAAUCCAUUGAUCAAUUUAUUGAUGAUAGUAUGAAGAAACUGAAUGCUAGACCUCAAAGCGUCGAAGAAAUUGGAAAAGCUAAGGCAGAAGCUGUAGAGAUCUCAGGCAAAAAGGACUCCUUUGUCGAACUCUACAAUCAAUGUGACGAGAGGAAUAAAGUUCUCCAGCAAGUAGCAGGAGAAGGAGCUCACAUUGGAGAAAUGCAGAACAGAUGGGACAACUUUGAUGUUGCUCUCAAUGCUUUCAGCUCUAUGAUUGAUGAACAAAAGAAUGUGCUUAAACAAGAAACUGAUAAGAGAAUUCAAGCUCUUAAUAUGGAGCUCGAAAAAACCUUCACUAGAUGGGAAGCCUUAAAGCCAAAAGAGACUGCAGAGAUGGACAGAGAAACUGCCAUGCAGACUAGUGAGAAUAUGAAAGAAUGGAGAGAGAAAUGGGAAGAGCUAGAGACCAAAGUUAAGAAUAUCACAGCUGAUUGUCAACACUUUGGAAUCGCUCAACCUAACCUUACUUAUUAUGACGAGCUGAAGAGUGAUCUUGCUCAACAACAAGAGAGCUGGAUGUUCUAUGAAGAAUUCUACAAAGAGCUUGAUGAGCUUGGUAAAGAAGACUGGCUUUCUUUCAGUAGAGGAAAGGGAAUCUAUCAAUUCCAAGACUUUAUGGAUAAAUGGGAGGAGAAGAUUAAAGCAAAGAGAGCUACAAUGGAUCCAGGAGAUAGACCUCCAAUUGUCCUCAGACUUCUCAGAGAUGCCAUUGGACACUUUAAAGAAGCCUGGCCAUUGUUCAAAAUCUGUGUUGGAGAAGCAUUCGAGAAGGAACAUUGGAGAGCUUUGUUCUAUAUGCUCACUUUCCCAAAAGAAGUCACUGUUGAAAAUCUGAAAUUCGGAAAUUUCUUGGAUCAUAUUGAGAAAAUGGUUGAGAAGCAAACAGAUAUCAAAGAUCUUGGAGCUAGAGCUCAAGGAGAAAUCUCUAUCAGAGAGGCAAUCCAAGAGUUAAGAGCUUGGUGUGAUGAAACUGAAUUUGCGCUUACUGAAUAUGAAGGAGCUAACAAUAGAACAGUGCCAUUGAUCAAGGAUUGGAAGGAACUCAUGAACUCAGUCAGUGAUAACCAAUCUUUGCUGGCUUCCUUGAAAGAGAGUAGAUUCUUCUCAAGAUUUGCAGACUCUGUAGAGCAAUUUGAAUCGAAACUGAUUGGUAUUGAUGACUACUUGCAAAAGCUGAAUAUUAUCCAAAGAAAAUGGGUAUACCUUGAACCAAUCUUUAUCAGAGGAGCUCUCCCAGCUGAACAAGCAAGAUUCAAUAGAGUCGAUGGUGAAUAUGUCUCUAUCAUGAUGGGAAUUGGAAUGAAUCCUAAAGUCAUCGCUCUCUGUGAUAUUUCAGGACUGAAGGAAACACUAGAUACUAUUUUGAGCCAGCUUGAUGUCUGUCAAAAGGCCUUGAAUGAUUUCUUAGAAGAGAAGAGAUCUAAGUUCCCAAGAUUCUAUUUUAUUGGAGAUGAUGAUUUACUCGAGAUACUUGGUCAGGCUACAAACCCAGUUGUUAUCCAGACUCAUCUGAAGAAACUAUUUGCAGGAAUCUUUAGAGUAGACUUUAAUCAAGACAAUUCAGCAAUUGUUGCAAUGAAGAGUUCUGCUGGAGAAGUCGUAGAAUUAUCAGCUCCAGUACAAAUCACUGAGGAUGUUGAAAUUUGGCUUGGAGAUCUGGUUAAUGAAAUGAGGCAGACCUUAUCCUUACUAUUGAAGACGACUCUAAACUCUUCAGGACUUGACAUUAUCAACACUCCUUCUCAAGUAUGUUGUCUCUCUGAAAUGAUUCACUUCAGUAACAAUGCUAUCUCAGCUAUUAAGAAAGGAAAAUUGAGUAACUAUAAGAUUGAUUUGCAGAAGAACCUUGAAAUGUACACUUCCUUCGACCAUGGAGGUGACAUGCUUCUUCUAUCAAAACUUAAAGCCUUAACCCUGGAUAUAAUCCAUAAUAUCGAAGUCAUUGAUACCUUAAUAGACAGUGGCGUGAAGAACACUUCUCAAUGGGGUUGGUACAAACAGCUAAAGUAUGGAAUUGAGGCAAGAAGAGAUGUCACAACUGUUGGAAUGUGAGAUGCCAUCUUUGACUACACUUUUGAGUACCAAGGAAAUGCAUCCAAACUGGUUCAUACCCCUCUGACAGAUAAGUGCUACCUGACUCUGACCCAAGGAAUGAAGAUGGGCUACGGAGGUAAUCCAUAUGGACCUGCAGGAACUGGUAAAACAGAAUCUGUUAAAGCCCUUGGGCAAGCAUUCGGAAGACAAGUACUUGUAUUUAACUGUGAUGAAGGAAUCGAUUUCAAGUCAAUGGGAAGAAUUUUCAUUGGGCUAGUUAAAUGUGGAGCCUGGGGUUGCUUUGAUGAGUUCAAUAGGCUUCUUGAAGAACAGUUAUCCGCUAUUUCUCAACAGAUUCAGGUCAUUCAGUGGGCUAUUAAGCAAGGAGAACCAAGUCUUGAACUGUUGAAUAGGACUAUUGAAGUAAAUAAGAACGCAGGAAUUUUUGUUACUAUGAAUCCUGCUGGAAAAGGAUAUGGAGGAAGAUCAAAACUCCCAGAUAAUUUGAAACAGCUAUUUAGACCAGUUGCUAUGUCCAAGCCAGAUAAUGAGUUGAUUGCUGAGGUACUACUAUUUGCAGAAGGAUUCAAGAGUAGUAAACAACUCUCUCAAAAACUAAUCCCUCUCUUCACCCUCUCUAGCCAACUUCUCUCCCCACAGCAGCACUACGAUUGGGGUCUUAGAGCUCUCAAAACAAUUCUCACAGUCGGUGGUGAGCUAAUCCAAAAAGAAAAAGCCAAGGGCAGCAAACUAGGCCCUAACGAAGAGGCUUUGAUCCUCAUAAAAGCGAUCAGGAUCAACACUAUGUCCAAACUGACCUUCGGGGACUCCAAAAAGUUCGAGUUUCUACUAAACGAUAUGUUCCCAGGCAUCAACGUUGAAGACAUCGUGUAUGAAGACCUUGAGAAAGCAAUUGACGAAACUUUAGCAGAACUUAACCUUGAGAAGAACGAGAAGCAACUUUCGAAAAUGCUCCAGUUCCAUGAAGCUUCUAAUCAGAGAAUGGGAGUAGUCAUAGUAGGACCUUCAGGCUGUGGCAAGAGUACGAUAUGGAAAGUACUGAAGAAAGCGUAUGAGAAGUUAGGCAUUAAUAUGCAUAUGAAUGUGAUGAACCCCAAGAGUAUGCCCAGACAGCAGCUUUUGGGCGAGAUGGACCAUGAUACGAGAGAGUUUAAGGACGGAGUACUGACUGCAUCUGCAAGACAAGUGGUAAAGGAAUCUAGUGAGACAAAGUGCUGGAUUAUUUGUGAUGGAGAUAUUGAUCCAGAAUGGAUCGAAUCGCUUAAUUCUGUGCUUGAUGAUAAUCACUUGUUGACUCUUCCUAAUGGUGAAAGAAUUUCGUUUGGAGAUAAUGUCAAUUUCAUUUUUGAAUCUGAUAAUUUGAAAUUCGCAUCUCCAGCUACUGUAUCAAGAAUGGGAAUGAUCUUCCUUUCUGAAGAGGAUGUUGAUGUGAGAAGGUUGAUUCAUACCUGGCUCCAGAAAAUUGAAGAUGAGUCUAUGAAAAAUAAAAUUGAAGCUUGGAUGGAUGAGAUCUUCUAUAAGGCUCUUGAUUGGGUACUUAAGAAUGAAGAUAAAUGGAUAAUCGAAACAACUAAAGUAGGAGUUGUUUAUAAUGUUCUAUGCUCUCUAAUUCAUACUGACACAAAGGCAGGCUUUGUUGAUGGAGUCAUUAGAGGACUUGGAGGAAAUCUUUCAAUUAAUAACAGAGCUGAGCUUGCUCAGUUAGUAUUCCAGCUAUCAAGUGAAAGGCCUGCUGACAUGUCAAAUCUUUUGAACAAUUAUUAUGAUCCUCAAUCAAGCUGCUUCAAAUCCUUUAUGUUCGAUAAGAAUCAGCAAUCUUUUACUCUUGAAGAAAUGAAGAAUCAGAAUAAGCCUCCACUAGUAGACACUAUCAGUGCUCAAAGAGAUUGCAAGAUGAUUGAAGGAUGGUUUAAUAGUGAUAAGCCAUUCAUUGUCGUUGGGCCAGAAGGUUGUGGAAAGAGUUUAAUCAUCAACAACAUCAUCAAACAACAAAGAUCCGUGAAUGUGGCUACUAUCCAUUGUAAUGCUCAGACCUCUGCAUUCCAUAUUAUCCAGAAAUUGAAUCAGAUGUGUACACAGAGUUCUAAGUCCCAAGGCAGAGUUUACAGACCAAAGGAGGGUAGCAAGUUAGUUAUCUACUUGAAAGAUAUCAACUUACCAAAGCCUGAUAAAUAUGACACUAUCCAGCUAAUUGCAUUCAUGCAUCAGAUUGUAUGCUAUAACGGAUUCUAUGAUGAAAAUCUUGAGUUUGUGUUUUUAGAGAGAAUUCAAAUCAUUGCAUCAAUGACUCCUGCUACUGUUGUAGGAAGACACCAACUCUCUUGUAGAUUCACUGCUAAUGUGUGUAUUGCUUAUAUCGAGGAUCCUCCUAGUGAAGAACUUGAAGACAUUUACUCACUAUACUUAAAGGUGAUCCUGACUCAUGAAAAUUAUGGAAGUGGCGCUAUGACUAAUUCAAGCAAGAAGAUCUCAAGAUUUUGUGUUGAUACUUAUGAGAAUGUGAAGCAAAAAUUCUCAGUUGACGAUCACAGACAUUAUCUUCUCACUCCAAAGGAACUUACUAAAUGGAUUAUGGGAGUUAUGAGAUAUGAGGCCCAAGGGGCCGAAGCCUUAGUAGAAGUCUUGGCUUAUGAAGCAUUCAGACUCUUCAGAGAUAGAUUGGUUAAUAUAGAAAGCAGACAGGCUUUGGACCAAUUGGUUUAUAACCAGUUAAGAAAUCAUUUGAAAUAUGGUCAAACUAUUGGAAGCCUUUCCUUCUUGAGUAAGGUUUCUACUGUAACUCCAAUUUACCCAGGAUACAAAACCUUAGGAAGACUAGAGAAACCAGACCUUGAGCAGACCAUUAAAGACACUAUUAAGAGUUAUGAAAGAGAAUUCAAAGAAUUGGAACUAAUUUUGGUCGAUGAGCUACUAGAAAAAUUCUCUCAACUUGAGAGAUCACUUAGUCAGAAUGGUGGACAUGUCCUCCUAGCAGGAAGAUCAGGUACAGGAAGAAGAACUGUCUGUCAACUGAUUUCCCAUAUGCUCGAUAUGACAUUUGAAACUCCGAAGGUUACAAGAGAAUAUACCUUGUCAGACUUCAAGAAAUAUCUAAAGCAAUUGUUGAUUCAAAGUGGAAUAGAAGGAGUUAAGCAAGUUCUCUUUGUUGAAGACCAUCAGAUGUGUGAACCAGAGUUUUAUGAAUAUUUGAACAGUCUUAUCUCAGCUGGAGAAAUCCCAGGACUGUUUGCUUCUGAAGAACUAGACCCUCUUCUUACAAAUCUUCAAGAUGAAUUGAGAAAUGAGUAUGAAUGUAGAACAGUCUAUGAACUCUUUGUAACAAGGGUAAGCAGGAACCUAAGGGUUGUGCUGUCCCUUGACUGUAAACAUCCAGACUUCAUGUCUAACUGCUCCAGUAAUCCAGCUUUGACUACUAAAUGUAAUGUAAUUUGGAGUGAUGCUUGGAGUCAGGGAUCAAUGAGCAUGGUUUGCGAAGUUGAACUUAAGGAAGCUAUGAGUAACCUUGAAGUAUCUCAAGAAGAGAUUUCAUCUCUAUUAAUGCAAUUACAUAUGAGCAACAUUGAACAUGGAGCAACUCCUCUGCACUUCUUCCAACUAUUAGACAACUAUAAGCAUAUCUUGAACUCCAAAAUAAGCUCCCAAGACGAUGAAUCAAAGCAUCUGAUUGCUGGUCUUGAUAAACUUCACGAAGCCGCUGCCUUAGUUGAUAAGCUUUCUUCUAAAGCUCAGGGCCAGAAAGUUCUUCUAAAAGAGAAGCAAGCUGAGGCUGACCAUGCUCUUGACAAGAUCAAUAUAGCUCUUGAGAAAAAGGCUGAAAGAAAGCAAGAAGCUGAAAGACUAAAAAGACAAUGUAUAGAAGACCAAGAUAUUAUUCAAGAAAGAAAAAUCAUAAUCGAUGAUGAGCUUAAAGAUAUUAUGCCUGAAGUUGAAGCUGCAAGAGAGCAAGUCGGAGAUUUGAGACCUGAAAAUCUUGUGGAAAUCAAGAGUUUCAAAGUACCCCCAGAUGCUGUACAUGAUGUAUUAAGUGCUGUGCUCUUCUUGAUGGGCACUAGAGAGACUACAUGGGCUGCUAUGAAGAAGUUCUUAGGACAAAGAGGAGUUAUUCAGAGCAUUAUGAACUUCGAUGCACAUUAUAUCACUAAGGAUCUCCGAGAUCAUGUGAACAAGAUUAUAUCGAAAAAGAAGACCAGCUUUGAUCCAGUAGUAAUUGCCAAAGCAUCUCGAGCUACAGCUCCUCUGGCUGCUUGGGUAAGAGCUAAUGUAAAAUAUUCAGAAGUUCUACUAAAGAUCGAGCCACUUGAGAAGGAAAUGAACGGACUUAUGAGAGAACUUGGAAAAUCAGAAGCCAGAGUUGCCGAAUGUACAGCUCAACUCGAAGAAUUAGAAGAGAGUAGCAAAAUACUUAAUCUAGAACUGAAAGAGAAAACUAACGAAGCUGCUGCUCUGAGGGUUGACCUAGAGAAAGCAGAACAAACCUUGAACAGUGCUCAGAACUUAUUGAUUCAGCUUUCUGGGGAGAAGGAUAGAUGGGAGAUCCAGGUGCAAGAUAUUAAAAAUAACGUGCUCUCACUUCCUUAUAAGAGUCUUCUUUCCUCUUCUUAUAUAAUUUACACUGGAAAGGAUGAUGAGAAGAUCAGAAAUAAGAAAUUAGAGGAAUGGAAGCAAAUGUUAAGAGAUGACAGCUUCAACUUUACCAAAUUCAUGUGCACUGAGAGUCAGCUCCUGAAAUGGAAAACAGAAGGACUACCAGCUGAUGAACUUUCGAUGGAAAAUGCUAUUAUGCUUAGAAAUACAGUAAAGACCCCAAUAAUUUUUGAUCCUGCUACACAAGCUACAGAAUGGUUGAAGCAAACUUUGAAGAAUGAGGAAAGUGCGGUGGAAUUCCUACCUCAAAACGAUCCCAAAUAUAACACAAAGAUUGAGAUUUCAAUCAGAUUUGGAAAGACUGUCGUCAUUGAAGAAGUAGAUGGCGUAGACAGAAUGCUCUUCCCUGUAUUGAGAAAAGAUUUGAUUCAUCAAGGACCAAGAUGGGUUGUUCAAUGUGGUGACAAAACAGUUGAUUACAAUGAUACCUUUAGAUUAUUUUUCACUACAAGAGAUUCAUUCUUAGAUAUUCCCCCAAAUGCUGAACCAUUAGUUGUUGUGGUUAAUUUCACUGUUACAAAGAGUGGACUUGAGAGCCAGUUGCUAAGUAUCACUAUCAAUAAUGAAGAACCAGAAUUAGAGCAGAAGAAGACACAAAUAUUGCAAGAAGAAGAGAAUUUCAAGAUUAAACUAUCAGAAUAUCAGAAGAGUCUGUUAGAUGAACUUGCUAGUUCAACAGGAAACAUUCUGGAAAAUAAACAACUUGUAGACUCUUUGAAUAAUACCAAGGCUCAGGCGGCUGAGAUUGAAAAAGCUUUGGUUGAGUCUCACAAAUUCCAGGAAUCACUAGACACUCAAAGAAAUAUUUACAGAUCAUUUGCUGCUGUUGGAGCUGAUCUUUUCAUGGUAAUAGAGGAUUUGAUGAAGAUUAACAACAUGUAUCAGUUCUCUCUGCACGCAUUCAUUGGCAUGUUCAAGAAAGCACUUGAAUCAAAGCCAAGUGCUUCAUCAACAGAUGAAAAAUUGAGACUUCUCUCAGAUACCCUGGUGAAACUAGUGUUCUUCGAAAUUGGUAGAUCCUUGUUCAAAGAUGAUAGAUUAACUUACGGACUUCACUUUAUCAACGGAAUCUUCCCUAAGCUAUUUGAAGAGAAUGAAUGGGAGUUCUUCACUGGAUCAAUAGUAGCACCAUCAGAAUCCUCACAAGCCUUCCCAAGAUGGGCCACUCCUGAUAGGAAGCAAAUUUUCAGCAGCCUUGCUAGUCUAUUCCCUAAACUUGUGAGAGCAUGCCAAUUCGAGAAUGAAGGAAUUUGGAACAACUUUGCUGUCUCAGCAGAAUGUGAGAAAGAGUUCCCAGGAAGUAUUGCUGCUCAAAUCUCAGCUUUCCAGAAAUUGCUUGUGGUAAAGACAUUCAGACCAGAUAGACUAGAGACUGCUAUGAAUAACUUUGUAUGUGAAGCAUUAGGUAAGAAGACUAUUGCUCCAGCACCCCUUUCCGUCAAGUCUCUUUAUGAGAACGAUACUGAUUGCUUCACUCCUGUGCUGUUCAUUACAUCUCCUGGAUCUGAUCCUAGUGAUGAGUUGCAAGAGUUUGCCUCAAUGGAAAUCGGAAGACAAGGAUACCAUGAACUCGCAAUGGGAGGAGGCGAUAACCAAAUCGCUAUUGAAAUAAUGAAGGACUGUGCUGAAAAGGGAGAAUGGCUUUGCCUCAAAAACUUACAUCUUGUAACCCCUUGGCUUGCAACAUUAGAGAAAGAGUUCAAGCUCUUACAGCCUGAUAAGAAGUUCAGACUUUGGUUAACUUCAGAGCCACAUCUCAAAUUCCCAUCUAUUUUAUUGAAGACUUCUCUGACAAUCACUUAUGAAUCUCCACCAGGUAUUAAGAACAACUUACAGAGGACUUAUCAGUCUUGGGCUUCAACAUUCGAGGAAGGAAAUCUGUUGAAAUCACAAAUACUGUUCAUCUUGGCUUGGUUCAACUCUGUGAUUCAGGAAAGAAGAAAAUACAUUCCACAAGGAUGGUCUAAAUACUAUGAAUUCUCAUAUGGUGAUCUGAAAGCAGGAGAGACUAUUCUAAGUGAAAUCAUCGAAUCAUCCCAAGGCCAGCUUCCACAAUGGGAAAUUGUUCAUGGACUCCUUGAGAACGCUAUUUAUGGAGGCAGAGUAGAUAAUCCAUUCGAUAUGAGAGUUCUCAAGACUUACUUAAAGCAAUUCUUUAAUGGUGAUAUCUUCCAAGGAUCCAAAAAGUUAUCAGAUAUAGUACAAGUUCCCAGAGCUGCUAGCAUCAAGGAUUAUUUCCAAUAUAUUGCACAAUUGAGCGAUCACGAUAAGCCGAUGAUGUUUGGGCUACCUCCAAAUAUUGAUAGAAGUGUUCAGAGAUUCAACAGCCAAAGAUACAUCAACUUGCUGAAGGCAAUCACUGCUGUUGGAAAGGAAGAUCUUAAAUUUGAUAGAGAGAUGUGGGCCAAAGCUCUCGGACCAAUUUUGAAACUUUGGAAGAGUAUUUAUAAGCCAGAUGGUUUUAGAGCUCUAAAGAUCAAGCCUGGCCACCUUAAUUCAGAAGACCCUGUAGAGGCCUUUACUUAUAUGGAAGCAUAUAGCAUGCUUGGAACACUACAGAAGAUCAAUGAGACGCUCUCAUCAAUUGCUAAAGUGAUUAAGGGUACAGGAAUGUUGACUAGUAGAAUUGAGAGUGAAGCAACAUCCCUUCUCAAAAGAGAAGUUCCAGAAGUUUGGUGAAAAUUCUGGGAAGGUCCAGAUAAUCCUCAAGAUUGGCUGAUCAAAUUUGAAAAGAAAGCUAGCGGGUUGCUGCAUUGGGUUGAAAGAGUACAAUCUGGUGAGCUACUUCAGACAAGUCUAGAUCUCAGUGAACUCUUCCACCCUGAGACUUUCUUCAAUGCUUUGAGACAGAAAUCUGGAAGAGAAUUAAGAAGUCCAAUUGAUGAUUUGAAGCUAUCCUCAACAUUUGAGAGAAAAUCAUUAGGAGGAAAGAUAUCAGUUGCCCUUGAAGGUUUAUACUUACAAGGAGCUGGCUUUGAUGGAGGAAGAAUCCAAGAUCAGUCAUCAGAGAAUUUACAGGAGCUCCUUCCACUUCCAACAUGCACAAUUGCGUGGGUUAGGAAGUCUGAUCCAGAUCCAUACUCAGAAGGAUCAACAGUAAGCACUCCAGUAUAUUUCUCUAUCUUAAGAGAAAACUUGCUUUGCGAGUUGAAUGUUCCUAACUCAGGAAGUUCAGAUGAGAGAAUUAUCAGUGGUGUUGCCAUCUUCUUGGAUGGAGCUGACUAAUCAUGAGUCAGAAAAGAGCGCUGGAAUAUUUCGGUCAAGGAGAGAUCCAAUUGCUCUAAAUUACUUUACCACAAUUCAAC